AUGGAUAACUUGGAACGACUGAAGAAGAUGCGAGCUUCCAGCCGAGCGACAGUGACGCGUAUCAUCAACGAUUUGAAGACCCUCAUAGCUACAUCGCCCCACGAUCCUGCUCAGCUUACUGCGAAGCUUACGUUUCUCGAAACAAAAGCAUCAACCUUGAUUCAGCUCAACCAAGAGAUCCAGGCCCUUAUCGACGAAGCAUCUUUGGAAGCAGAAUGCGAGGCCUGCGAUCAGUACUCCGAGUCUAUUAUCACUAUCUCGGUUCAAGUCCGUGAAGCUCUGAACACCGCUCUCGGUGUCACGAGACUGGCAUCCGCUCAGUUUCGUGUCAGUAUUCAUGAGAACCCCAGACUUUCUAACGUCAACAAGUUCAAAUAUUUGAUCUCACUCGUCACCGGACCCGCUGCUCGAGCGAUAGAGGGGCUAUCACUCAGGGACGAGAACUACGUUACGGCCGUCGACAUCCUCAAGGCACGGUUUGGCAAGACUGAGCUUUUGGUGAGCGACCACUUGGAUUCUUUGUUCGACUUGCCUCCUGUGAAGUCUAUUGAUGAUAUCAGAAGUUUGAGAAAGUUCCAUGAAGCCGUUACGGUUCGAAUUCGGAAUCUUCAGAGUCUGGGUGUAUCACGAAACCAAUAUUCGAUUACCAUUUUCCGGACAAUUCUUCGGAAGAUACCUUCACCACUUGAGUUGGAAUACUACCGUGUGAACAGAACCGACUCUGCAACCGCCUCGGCAGCCACGUCGACGGCCGAUGAUCUGUCAUCACUUUUGGAUUUCCUUGAAAAAGAAAUUGAGUUUCGAGAACGGGUCCGCAGGCCGACAGCUUCGUCUAAGGAGGAUACUGCUGAUCGCCGCAAGACACCCCUUUACCCUUCUGCUGCUUCUUUAGCAGCCAGCGCGACGGCAGCGGUGUGUGUACUCUGCAAGUCUAAGGAGCAUUCGCUCGAAGCUUGUACAGCCCCACUGAGCGCAGCGGACAAGAGGAGCCUAUUGCGUCGGGAAGGACGUUGCUUUCUGUGUGGCAAGCGGUCACAUUUGUCGAAGGAUUGUCGCGUCUGCUACAGACUUCGUUGCCAAAAUUGCAAUAGGCGGCAUCUCACACAGUUGUGUCUGGAGGGCCUUUCCGCUUCGUCGUCCAAUGUCGCUGUUACUCCAGACAUCGUUACGACAUCUCCUGCUCCGUCGUCGAGCGCGGCAGUGGUUCAGGACAUCGUCACGACCAUGUCCUCUGCCCCACAUGCUCCCAAAGUGCAGCCUGAACGGGAAAUUCUUUUGCAAACAGCAAAGGUAUGGGUACAGGGCGAGAAUGGCCAACGACGCCUGGUGCGAGUUCUGCUCGAUGGCGGCAGCCAGCGCAGUUUUAUCCGCAAGGAUAUCUCGGCCAAGAUUGGAUGCACUGCGUUGCGUACUGAGGACUUGCAUAUUCACACCCUUGGAAAUGUCGCUCCCUCCCGUACUACAUACCGUUGCGUACAAGUAGUACUGUGUAGCCAAUUCGCUUCUCCUGACCGGGACCCUGCAGUUACGAUCGAGGCACUUGAAUACGAGCAAAUAUGUUCGAACAAGCUACCAGCCCUUAAUGAAGAUCUCUCAAGGCAGCUGAAAACCAUGGGUCUUGACAUUGCUGACGAACCCACGAAAGCCAUCUGUGACGUUUCGCUGUUAAUCGGCAGUGAUUUUUACUGGAAGAUCGUCACCGGCGCUUUCGUUCGGUUAUCAGAACAGCUGGUAGCUGUUGAAACUCUCUUCGGGUGGACGCUACAAGGCCUGUCUGCGAACGCCUCCAAGCAAGACGGUUCUAUUGGAGUAAUGCAGGUUGGGGUACAAUCUGGAGACACCGUCAGCGAUAUUGACUCCCAGCUGCGUGCUUUCUGGGAACUAGAGCAUAUGGGCAUUGUCCACCGCGAAGAGUCUAACCCAGAUGACGACGCUGUGCUCCAGCGAUUUCGUUCCUCGGCAUCGUUCGAAGAUGGUCGGUACGUCGUACGUCUGCCAUGGGAUGAAGAGAAACUGCAUUCGCUAGGUGACAACAAGGCCUUAGCAGUGCAGCGCCUCCAGGCCAUCACAAAGAAGUUGUUGCGGGACGAGUCACUGCUAAAGGAGUACGAUCAGAAUAUACGGGAGUAUUUGAACAAUGGUCAUGCAGAGCGCGUUACAGACCCUGAAGUCAAUUCGGGACCGGUCUACUACAUGCCGCAUCACGCUGUAAUUAGAAGAGACCGGGAAACCACCAAAGUCCGCAUCGUCUUCGAUGCUUCAUCGAAGGCAUCUGGUUGCGUUUCGCUUAAUGAAGCUCUCCAUUCUGGACCUAAUCUGAACCCGGAUGUGCUGGAGCUACUCUCGCGCUUCCGCACUUACCCGGUAGCCCUUAUAGCAGACGUGGAGAAGGCUUUUCUACAAAUUGUAUUGGAUAAGCACGACCGGGACUGUUUAAGAUUUUUCUGGUACGCUUCAACCCUCCACGUGAAAGAGCCUUUACCUCCAUUAGAGACCUGGCGAAUGACUCGUGUUCCCUUCGGCGCAAGGUCUAGCCCAUUCCUCUUGGCGGCAACACUCAGACAGCACUUGCAUUCGGCCGCAGGCUCUCACCCUGAAACGGCCCCGUUGCUUGCCAGUAACUUCUACGUCGACGAUCUUGUUGUCGGGGCGGACACUGUUGAACACGCUGCAUCUCUCUACUGUGAAGCUAAAGCCAUUUUGCAAGAAGGCGGAAUGAAAUUAGUUAAGUGGUCUACCAAUGAUUCUACUCUGCAAGCCAGGUUUGAAGCUGAUCGUGUCGCGCCUGCGAAGAGCGCAAUCAUGAAGAAAGUCCUCGGUCUGUCCUGGGACACUGAUUCCGAAGAGGUGUUGUACUCGUUGAAGUCAUUUUUCGAGUUCCUUGAGAAACGUUCUGAUACCAAGCGUUACGUUCUGCAAGCGGUAUCUCGUGUAUACGACCCCUUAGGGUACAUCGCUCCUUAUGUCAUCACCGCUAAGAUACUGCUUCAGCGUCUGUGGCUCGCAAAGCUGUCAUGGGAUGAAAAGCUCCCGGAGGAGUUGCUGCAUGAUUCCGCGAAGAUUCAUUGCUACGAUGGCUUUUCUACGGCGGCAAAGACAUUGCAUGUCUUUUGCGAUGCCAGCACGCAAGCCUAUGGCGCUGUCAUCUACCUCGUAUCAUGCAACAGCACCGGGCAUGCGGAAGCAACACUUGUGCUCGCGAAGACUAGAGUAGCCCCGACGAAGACAACUUCAUUGCCACGGCUCGAAUUGAUGGGCGCAAUCUUAGCCGCGCGUCUUUCCAGCUUCGUGACAAACGCCGUAUCGCUUCGUGAGGCAAGAGUCCUCUUUUGGACAGACUCAGAGAUUACUCUGCACUGGAUUUAUGGGGCACCCACUACAUGGAAGCCGUUUGUGGCGCAUAGAGUCGCAGAGAUUCAGUCGAUUACGUCUCCUGACCAAUGGAGACACUGUCCGGGACGGGACAAUCCCGCUGAUCUUCUUACAAGGGGAACGUCUUGUCUUCACAUCGUGGACAGUCCUUGCUGGUGGAACGGACCGGAGUGGUUGUGUGACAAGACUGCGUGGCCUCCCGCUUGGCACACGCCCACCGAAGUUUCGCCUGAUGUACACCACGAAGCAAGACCUGUACACGUUUGCCUCGGUCACGCUACCGUGAAGAGUCCCCCUUUUGAGGUACUCAACUACAGUUCAUUUUCUAGGCUGCUGCGUGUCACGGCGUGGGUACAGAGGUUCUUACACAACUCUCGUUAUCAGCAAACCAACAAAACGGGAGCUCUAACUACCACAGAAGUAGAAGCUGCGAGGAGAUACUGGAUAGUGGUGGCACAGCAGCAGUCUUUCGGCCAUCAACCUACCGAGCAUAAGUCUCUUCAGAAUACAUCCGUCUUCCGCGACGAGCAUGGUAUACUCCGCAUGAAGGGCCGCCUGCAGUAUGGAGGAUACGCAGAUUCACUUAAGCACCCCAUAAUCAUCCCUACGGAUCACCCAGUCACCGCUUUUCUAGUGAUGAGCACGCAUACAAGGCUUCUCCACGCAGGUGUUCAAGAGACUCUAGCCGAACUCAGAGAAGAAUAUUGGGUCAUUAGAGGUCGACAGGUCGUCAAAAGAGUCCUCCAUCAGUGUCUUGUUUGUAAACGCGCCAAGGCUCGCGUCUGUACUGAGCCAAUGGCCCCUUUGCCGCGCGAUCGGGUAUCUCCCUCACCACCAUUUGAGGUAAUUGGCACGGAUUAUGCAGGACCACUUUAUUACAAGUCAUCCACUGGUGGAGCAUGCAAGUCCUACAUACUCAUUUUUACAUGCGCCGUCACGAGGGCCAUUCACCUUGAGCUCACGAGGUCAAUGUCGGCCGAGCAUUUCAUGCAAGCGUUCAAAAGAUUCAUCGCGAGACGUGGCGUUCCGCUGAAGAUCUAUUCUGACAACUUCCUCACAUUUAAACGUGUUCGCCGAGACCUCACAUUGGCACGGCUGUCCCAGGACUCGCAAGUCACCGGGCUCCUUACAUCGAACCGAGUCACUUGGCGUUUCAUUGCGGAGCGUGCUGCCUGGUGGGGAGGGUUUUGGGAAAGGUUGAUCCGCAGCGUCAAGACCUCCCUCCGCAAGGUUUUGGGAAAGAGCACGCUGAGGUUCGAGGAUUUAGCUACGGUUGUCACUCAGGUGGAAGCUGUCAUCAAUUCGAGACCCCUCACCUACAUCUCUGAAGAUCCAAGCGACUCCGAGGCGCUUUCACCUGCUCACUUCUUGGUGGGGAAAAGACUCACAGCUCUUCCAGUACCCCGCCCAUUGGAUGCGGGCAACUCGACGUCGGGUGAUCUCCGAAGACGCUGGGCCUACCAAGAAAACCUGACCGCCGUUCUUUGGGCGAAAUGGACCAGGGAAUACAUCUUGUGCUUGCGAUCGGCGAAUAUCUGUCCGCCAUGCUCUUCGACUGGCAUCAAGGUUGGGCAUACCGUACUCCUCGCUAAAGAAAAUGUAUCCCGAGUAGCAUGGCCUCUGGGUCGAGUCGAAGAGGUAUUCGUCAGUGCAGACGGCAGAGUACGGUCAUGCCGUGUAAGGUUGGCGGACGGGAGGAUGUUAACCCGACCAAUUCAGCUGCUUUACAGGGUGGAGGGCGACACUGCGUAA